CAUUAUGGUUUUCCAUGCAUACCCACGAAACCUAUUCAAGUGAUGAUAAUUUGUAGUUUUUGAACUAUGUAUAUUUGUUUAAGUACUUAUAAUGUUAUCACAUUAGUUAGUACCUACUUAUAGUUACAUGAAUGUUUAAAGAUUCCUCAGUUUUAAUAUUGUUAUAGUUAUUUAGUAUUUCCUUUUUUUUUUCGCGAAUAAUUUUUAAUUUUUGAAGGCAUCAGAUUCAUAAUGGGGGAUGGUGUAAAUGUUUUGAAAUUAAUUUUGUUAGCGUGUUUGUUUAAUCAGAUUUAUUGUUACACAUCACGAUACGCUGGUCCAAAUGUGGCUAGAACACUCCGUUGCAACAACGGACAAUACGUCGCAGUCAGCGAUUUGUGCGACGAUAUUCAAGAUUGUACGGAUGGAAGCGAUGAACCGAGCUCAUGUAAGACGUCUUGGAAUUGCGGACCCGGUCAAUUUUCUUGUAUUCCUUAUUCGAAUUCAACGACAAAUGCGACAACGACAGCGAAAUGCUUGAAUGCAAAAGUUCUAUGUGAUACGCGUAAAGACUGUGCCAAUAACUUCGAUGAAGAAAAUUGCGGAGAUGCAACCAGUGUGCAGAACUGCCAACUUGGUGAUGGGAAAUUCUUAUGCAGCGAUAAGUUGAGAUGUCUGAGCAUAGAAAACACUUGCGAUGGCAGUUGUAACUGUCUCGAUUGUUCUGAUGAGAAUGAAAAUUGCACCAAAAUUGAUUACCAGUCACUGAAUAAAUGUCCGCAUGCUUACUAUCCUUUACCAUUAUCAUCAGGCCCCAUUUGUUUUUGUAAUUCAUCCAAUAGCGCUUUGCAAAAUUUAUGUAAAGAGGUAAAAGAUUGUACGUCAGAAAAUCGAUGUGACCAACAAUGCUCAAAGUAUAAAAAUAGAAUUUUAUGUUCGUGUUUCGAAAACUAUACUGAAGUAGCGGUAUCCAAUGGUUUCAAAUGCCGAAGCAAACAAUACUACGGAACCGUGUUGAUUUAUUCUACAGCUAAUCAAAUAAAAUAUCUGAAUGCGACAACAAAAAGAACGAUGGUUAUAAAAAAGGAUGUACAAACACAAAUAUUAGCAUCUUCCUCGGAUGCCGUUUAUUACACAACGUAUCGUGAUAUGAGUAAAAGCAUCUACCGAUCUUCAAACAAAUGGUUGUACACUGGCGAACCUGAAAAGAUACUAGAUUCAAAUUCGCCCAUCACAUCUAUCGCUGUAGACUACAUCACUGAUAAUUUUUAUUUCACAACCAACGAGUCUUUAUCAGUUUGCUCGAAAAAAGCAGAAAUCUGUCAGCAGUUGAUAUGCUGCAAUGUGUCUUACGUGGUCCUGAAUCCCAAAAAUGGGUCGAUGUUUUACACUAAAAAAUCUGACAAACCGAACGAACGAUUGUUAAUGAAAUCAAGCAUGGAUGGAUCCCGAGAAAGUGUCUUUAUCGACGGGUCUUUUUCCAAUAUUGUACCAGUGGCUGUUGAUGAAGAAUUUUAUAGAUUAUAUUGGUUGGAAGGCAGCAGACUGCAUUCAAUUUCUUUGCACGAUAAAACUAUCGAAAAACGCGAUAUCAAAUUCAAUCCCACCUUGAGGUCAUUGGCGAUUUUAGACGAAAUUAUAUUUUACAGCACACAGCGUGACAAUAAAAUUUACUUGGAAGAAAAUCUCGAACGUUUUGUGAAACCUGCGGAUGAAAAAAAUGAAAGAGGGUACGCAUAUUAUGAUCGACGACCACAAGAUGAGAAUUACACACUGUAUACUGAUACAGAAGCCACAAUCUCGAUCGUAGAUAUCAAAGCGUAUAAUUCCAUUCGACAAAAGGCCGCCCAGGCUAAAAAUCCGUGCACUUCUUCAUGCAAAGGUCUAUGUUUAUUGCGUGCUCCGAGCUAUUCCUAUUAUUGGUAUUAUAGUAGCCAGCUGUUGACUAACUGCACUUGUGACGAUUUCUCUCCUUCGAAAGAUAAUCAGUGGUGCGGGUCGUCCUCUAUUCAAAUAAAUCCUACACCAAAUGAUGCUGAUGGCGAUGAUGAUGGAUUUCCAUUUAUGAUGACGUUGUUGAUUUUGAUUGUGCUGGCGGCUGUUUUGGGUGGAAUGUAUUUUAUUUACGACAAAUAUUACAGAGGAGUGUUUUAUAAUUCGAGAAGAUCUCAAGAUGAUAGAAUUUACGAUCCUAAUCAAGAUGAAUUUUGAUGUUGAUUUUUUAAAAUUAAAAUAAUAUAAGUUAUGUAUAAUAAUCGCAGUAAUUUAAAUGUCUUCUACAGCAGUGUUCUAUUUCCAGAAUAGCAUACAUCUAACCACACUCAUUAAUUGUAUUCAUAAAUGAGUCAAAAUGACGAUAAUCCAACAAGUUGUUUGUUAAUCAAAUUAGUGUCAUGGGCGCAUUGGUCGAUUGGCAACUAUAAAAUGAGCAUAAAUGGCCUCAUCAUCAAAUUUUGAAACAACCAGUGGAAGUUGUUCUUUAUGGUCUGAAACCCUUCAUGAUAAAUUUUUUAGAUAACCAAAUCAAUUCUAAUCCCUUCGAAAAUAGUGAAAUUGUAAUUUCAGUUGAAAUUUUCAACUUUGACUCAUUUUCAUUUCAACCAAAUUGUUUUCAACUUGUGGGGAUGUUACACACUAUCAAGGGUUAUUUAUUGGAUUUUUUUUGAAAUUUUUUUCCGCUCAUCUGCAUGGUAAAAUGCGCACUUUCAACUUUUGAACGACACUUUCGGUAAAUUCUUUUAGAUGUGAAAUUAUGCAAAAGGAUAGGUAUAUGGUAAGUACAUAUAUCUCAUAAAGAUGUAAAAUGUGUAUCUAUAUUUUCAGAAUUUCUCAUGUAAUUGAUUUUAAGACCUUCAAAGAUGCCAAUAAAAAUUGAUUUUUAUCGCGA